UGUUAGAGGCUACUUAGGGCCAUUUUAUGCUUAUUAUGUUCGAUAUUAUCGUUAUGGAUAAUAAUUAUCGAUAUUUUAGCCCGGCAAUUGAACAUAUGUUAAAUUUCGAUAAUACUCGAUAUUUUGGCCCAGCCUCAACAUCGAUAUCGAAAAAAAAUGGAUAUUGCACAUCACUAAUUCUGGUCAUCACCUGUGACCUACUCUACUUGAUUCCACUCAAACCCAAACCUAUUAUUUUACUAAAUUUAAGUUUUCGACAAUGGCUUCAUCGGAGACUAAUGACCAACUUACAAUUGUGAAUCGGUCAAUGGAACAUCGAAUCAGUAAAAAACUAAUUCGUAAAAUACCUUAUUUUGAAAAGAUGUUGAGCCUGGAUUUGAAGGAAUCAAAGGAAAACAAAGUUGAACUGGAUUUUGAUGAAAGGGCUCUGAAAUCGUUUCUCAAUUGGAUAAAACUUGGUUAUAUAUUCAUCGAGAUGGAUUGUAUAAUAAAUCUUUGCACCAUAACAGACUAUUUCGGGAUGGAAGAUCAUUUGAUACGAGAUUGUAAGAAUUAUUUCAGUGAAACAUUUUCUAGCGAGUAUCUUCCUGUUGUUAUACCUCAAGUGACUUCAACAUCUGCAUUGGUCAACUCUGAUACUCUCAAUACUUUCAUCUGUCGUUAUUUCUCGAAAAUAGCAAACACAAAUGUUUGGUUGGAUUAUCCGAUUGAAACAAUUGAGUACAUUUGUGCUUUGGACCUGAUGAUUCAUUCAGAAUACCAAGUUUUCGAUGCAAUCAUCAAAUGGGUCAAUUUCAAAGCUCAUUCUAGAAAGUGUUAUCUUGAAGGAUUGUUGAAAUUAGUUCGAUGGUGCCAUUUGGAUGAUAAAGAUUUGCCUAGGAUAAAAGAAAAUGAACUGUGUGAAUCGUCUAAUUUAGAAUCAGAAUCAUCCAGUCAUUGCAAAUCCAAAUGUAACUGUGGCAUGGAUCGAACUAAACAAGGUUGCUUUGUCGCGAUUGAAGAAAUAAAUAACACACAUUUACGUGUCAAAGUUCUUGACGGUAAUUUCCAGCCAUUGAUUAAUGAAGUAAUUCAAUUAGAUGGAUCAUUGCCUUUGCAUCCUUUAUAUGGUAAAUAUGUUUCUAAUAUUCCAUUUGAUUCUGGAAGACAAAUGAUAACAAUUGAUUGGAAACAGAACAAAUAUCGUCUACUGAAUUUUGUUUAUUAUAAACAUCAUUACUGUGAAAUUCAUAGAUUAAUUUUUGGAGCUCAGAACAGUGUGGAAUCCCAUAUUGAGAAGGAAAAAUCAUUUAAUGAAAAUUACACACGUAACCAUUUACUUCUCGAGGCUGCCGAAAAGUUUAUUCUUGUUGAUAAUGAUGAAUAUAAGUUCAGAUAUUGGGAGACUCCAUCUACUAUGGACAUUAAUAAUGCUGAUGUCGCCAACUAUUUUUACUUGUCAACUAUUUUGGACAAAAAUGUUUAUGUGCUGACAAAGGAUCUUGAUUUUUUCCAGUUCAACAUUGACCGUAAUAUUUUUGUAAAGAUGAGACUUGAAAGGUUUAUGGAUAAAUUGAAAUUCAAUAACUUAAUUUUAACAUCCAAGCUAGCUGGUGAUGAUGGAGUUAUUUUGCUUGAUAAAUCCACAAAAAAUGUUCUCUGUUUCAAUGUCACCACUCAAAGAUGGAAAUCAAUCGGUCGAAUCAUUGAUUCUAAAAGCGAAUUUCCUGUUCUUAAAACUUUUACCUUUGGAUUUGUAUCAACUGACUCGAUUAACCUUUGUUUGGAACGUGAAUUAACACAAUAAAAGAAAGUUUUUUUGAAAUUUUUAAAAUUACAACGAAAUUAAUAGUAUUGU